UCAGUCGCUUCCUCACGCUCACGCACGCACACCGCCGUCCGGCAACCGCUUUUCUGCCAUCCUUAUCCUCCGCUCCCGCGAGGCCAGAGAGAGGGGGGAGCCAUCAGCCAUGGCUGCUGCUGCCGCCGCGUCGUCGUCUCGCCGCGCGCCGGCGCUGCUCCUCGUGGCCGCCGCGCUGGCUCUGGCGCUGGCGGCGCGGCCUGCCGGGGCGGCGCUGUCGUGCUCCACGGUAUACAACACGCUGAUGCCGUGCCUCGGGUACGUGCAGUCGGGCGGGGCGGUGCCCCAGGCGUGCUGCUCGGGGAUCCAGAGCCUCCUGUCCGUGGCGCGCACCACCCCCGACCGCCGCGCCAUCUGCACCUGCCUCAAGAACGUGGCGGCGGGCGCCGCCGGCGGGCCCUACAUCAGCCGCGCCGCCGGGCUGCCCGGCAGGUGCGGCGUCUCGCUGCCCUACAAGCUCAGCCCCAACAUGAACUGCAACUCGAUAAACUGAGGUGGCUCUACGUACUGUCAACCGCGAAGUCAUCACGAGACGGAGGGCGGCCGUAGGCUGCUGCUUCUACUAUAGUGUAGCCUAAAUAAAGUCGCGAGAUUCUAAGACCGGUGAAGUACGUAGUAUAUAUGCUUGAAGUAGUAUACUACUA